GUUGCCACACGUGUUAUAAACAUACACAUUUUGUAACAUCGUCGCUACUACAAAUUCGUGAGUUACAAAAUAGCAAUUUACUACUCGCCGCGAAGGAGAACGAACGAGGAGAUCAGAGGUGUCCUAACAAAUAUCCUACCAUUGCCCUUUGAAGACCCUACUGAACCAGUUCUUCUGCCAUGACUCAGAACUGCAUUCACUGGUUCCGGAAAGGGCUGCGGCUGCACGACAACCCGGCCCUGGUUGCAGCCCUGCGGGAGUGCAAGCAGCUGUACCCCAUAUACAUCCUGGACCCCUGGUAUCCCAACAACACCAAGAUGGGUAUCAACCGUUGGAGGUUUCUGCUCGGGGCACUCAAAGACUUGGACUGCAGCUUGAGGAAACUGAACUCCAGGCUCUUCGUGGUGCGGGGAAAGCCAAGUGAGGUGCUCCCUAAACUCUUCCAGAAAUGGAAGAUCACACGUCUGACUUUCGAAGUGGACACGGAGCCUUACAGCCUGCAAAGGGACAAAGAGGUCCAGAAGCUAGCAGAGGAGCAUGGCGUAGAAGUUAUCCCGAAGAUAUCUCACUCUCUUUACAACCUGGAGAGAAUCAUAGAUGAGAACAACGGGAAGGCUCCACUCACCUAUGUCCGCUUCCAGACUGUUCUGAAGAGCAUAGGACCACCCAAGCGCCCAGUACCUGCACCCACACAGGAAAACAUGGAAGGAGUGUCCACUCCAUGUACAGAGCAGGAGGGCAGCAAGUACAGCAUCCCCACUCUGGAGGAGGUGGGGCAGGACCCUCAGUUGGCCCAUACUGAGGUCUUCCCCGGUGGAGAGCAGGAGGCUCUCAGGAGACUGGACAAAUACAUGGACAAACCCGCAUGGGUGUGUGGUUUUGAGAAGCCACAGACCUCUCCUAACGCCCUGUCUCCCAGUACCACUGUGCUCAGUCCCUACCUCACAAUCGGGUGCCUCUCCCCCCGCCUCUUCUGGUGGAGAAUCCACGAUGUCUAUCAAGGAAAGAGACACUCGCAGCCGCCAGUGUCCUUGCAUGGGCAGCUCUUAUGGAGAGAGUUCUACUACGCCGCCGCACUGGAUACACCCAAUUUUAACAAGAUGGAGGGCAACCCAGUGUGCACACAGGUGGACUGGGACUCCAACCCUGAACAUUUGGCAGCAUGGAGAGAGGCUCGUACUGGGUUCCCCUUUGUGGAUGCCAUCAUGACGCAGCUGCGGCAGGAGGGCUGGAUCCAUCACCUGGCCAGACAUAUGGUGGCCUGCUUCCUCACACGCGGAGACCUCUGGACCAGCUGGGAGGAAGGCCAGAAGGUGUUUGAGGAGCUGUUGCUGGAUGCUGACUGGGCUCUGAAUGCCGGCAACUGGAUGUGGCUGUCUGCAAGUGCCUUCUUCCACCAGUACUUUAGGGUCUACUCACCAAUCGCCUUCGGCAAGAAGACAGACAAGCGAGGAGAGUACAUCAAGAAGUAUCUACCGCUUCUGAAGAAAUUCCCAGAGCAGUACAUAUAUGAACCAUGGAAAGCACCGCGCAGCGUCCAGGAGCAGGCAGGGUGCAUCGUGGGAAAGGACUACCCCAGGCCCAUCGUGGAACACGAGGUCAUCAGCAAGAAGAACAUCCAGCGCAUGAAGGCAGCUUACGCCAAACGCUCCCCACAAACAGACAAAUCUCCAACCAAAGAAAAGGGUGCGAAGCACAAAGGAGGAUCGAUCAAAGACAUGCUGACCAAGAAAAAGAAGACAUCUACAUGACAAGUACACCGAUCCAGCACAUACAUUUAUUGAUUUUAACCAAGACUCAACUCUAUAUUUCCAUUGUUUACAUGUCCAUAUGCAUACAUGCAAGUGCUUUGUUAGCAUUUAUAGAAUAAUGCCUUUCUGUCUGUUACAAAAAGACUGUCUUGUUUAAUCCUCAGGAAUAUUUUCUAUGUUUUAUGGUGUUUUUUAUUAUUAUUAAACUGAUGCUACACCUGUCUCAAUAAUACAA